AGUGUCGGAUCGUGAGAAAGUGGAGAGGGAUUCUCGCGCUCCUUGUAUCUCGCAGGACAUUUAAAUCGUACACGGACCGGCGACUUGGGUUCGGCGGCACUUCCAAAGAGGGAAACCGUUUGUUCCUCGCGCGUCGAUCUGUAAAAAGAACAGAACAAAAAACAAGAACAUCACCGUUUCUCUCCUGCGCCGAUCGAAGCGCCUUGCCCACCUCUCUCUCUCUCUCUCUCUCUCUCUCUCUCCCCCCCCCUUCUUUUCUCAUGAUUCCCUCGGGAAACGAAACGUACUAGUCGCCCCGCGAACUUCGACAAACGCGAAUCGCGCGACAAAAUUACUUUUAAGUGGCACCGAUCGGAAAAAAAAAACACGUACUACGCUUAUUUAUUAAGGAACCUUCGAGCGCGCGUGCGUCUUCGCAAACGUAUUAUUUAUUACGCUUUUUGUGCUUUGAUUCGCGGAAUAACACGUGUGGAAAGCAAAUAUCGAAGAGGAGAAAAGAAGAAUAUCCACGAUUCUUCAACGAUCAAGAAAGAAAGAGAAAGAGAAAGUAUCUCUCCGGAAAGGUGAAGAAAAUGUCUAAAUACGUGAGAAACGAACGUGAAUAAUCGAACGAACGAACGAACACGCCUCUUUCUCUCUUUCGCUCGCUCGCUCACAUAAUCGUCGUAGUUGCGACUUUGGCCCGUGCACACAAACACGCUCGCGCAUACAAUCCACGCGUGUUGUGCGCAGUCGUCAUCGACGUUUCGCGACUCGUCGCGAGGUGAGUGAUCAGCCCGUCUCUGCCUCGUUUCGCUGUGAAAAAGGUGUUGAGUGUCCCCCUUCUGUUUCUCUUUCUCUCUCUCUCUCUCUCUCUCUCUCUUUUCCUCUCUCGUUCUCUCAUCCGGGAAUCCGUCAGUCUCUGAGAUUCUUGGAGGGAGCACGUGGACGGAACACAUCCGAUACGUGUCCCGAGGAAACCCUACAGCAGUAUAGUGGGAAGAAGUCGGAGAGAGAAGCAGAGAGAAGCUAUACAAUACAAUUAGUGCGAUCUCUCUCGCCCGUCAUGGAUCUUCUGUGUUGCGAGACUACAGAGACCGAGUGCCGGGCGUAUGCUGAUCCUGCUCUCCUGGGCGACGACCGGGUCUUGCAGAAUCUCCUACAGACCGAGGAACGCUACGCGCCGAGCCGGUCAUACUUCGAAUGCGUGCAGAGGGACAUCUCACCGCUCAUGCGCAAGAUAGUCGCCGAGUGGAUGUUGGAGGUAUGCGAAGAGCAGAAAUGCCAGGAUGAGGUCUUUCCCCUGUCGAUGAAUUACGUCGACAGGUUCCUUUCGAUCUGCCCAAUCAGGAAGUCGCAGCUGCAACUGCUCGGCACCGCUUGCUUGCUGCUGGCGUCGAAGCUGCGUGAAACAUCGCCACUCACGGCUGAAGUCUUGGUUUUCUAUACCGAUAAUUCCAUCACUCUCGACGAUCUAUGGAGGUGGGAGCAGCUGGUCGUUUCGAAGCUGAAGUGGGAACUAUCCGCGGUGACGCCCGGAGACUUCCUAAUGCACAUCCUCAGCAGAUUGUCGAUGCCGCACACCUGUGACACUGUGAUGGUCCGGAGGCACGCACAGACCUUCAUCGCUCUCAGCGCCAGAGAGUACAAGUUCUCCAUGUACACGCCGAGCAUGAUUGCAGCCGCAAGUGUAGCGGCAGCGUUACACGGUUUGGAUUGGACCGGGAAGAGUGGCUACGGACUAGCUGGUCUCCUGGACGAGCUCACCCGCAUCACGGCCAUCGAACAGGAUUAUUUGCAAGGUUGCCUAGAGCAAAUCGAAGAGAUGAUCUCACAGGCCGCUCACGUGAGCACCGAAGUCCCCGGAAACGGAAGCGGGCACCAGACAAUGAGUACCGGAGUUCCGAGCGUACCGCAGAGGCCGCUGGGGGACCAGAACAACACGAGUCAGGAGAAAAUACUGGAACACGAGAAGGCGGGCACGCCAACAGACGUCAGGGAUGUACAUUUUUGAAAACCGCAGUAGGGGGACACUUCGUAGGGGCUGACACAUCGGUGAGUCUGAUGGCCGAGGAAAAGUUACCUUCCAGCGAGG